CAGCCUCGGACCUCGGCCAACUUCGCGACGGUCCACAGUGGCAGCCCGGAAGCGCGAGGCGUUGUAUUUGCUCUGCUUUUUUUGCCGUCUGAUCCUCUCGCGUCGAGCCCGUGAAAUGUCGCGUAGCUAAAUGCUGAACGAUACGUAAGGCGCACUCAGGGGAUUCGUUCGCAGCGUCGUGUGGAUCUCAGGGCAAGAUGUCGAUAUCGGCGAUAUACAUCUUGGACGUGAAGGGCAAGGUGCUGAUCUCGCGGAACUACCGCGGCGACAUCGAGACCGGCGUCAUAGAGAAGUUCAUGUCGCUGGUGAUGGAGCGCGAAGAGGAGGGCAACCUCACCCCCAUCAUUCAGAUCGCGGAAUGUACAUACGCUUAUAUAAAAUACAACAAUCUGUAUAUCGUGUCCACUACCAAAAAGAAUGCCAACAUAUCCCUGGUGUUUGUAUUCCUGCACAAAGUGGUGCACGUGAUGCAGGAGUACUUCAAGGAGCUGGAGGAGGAGAGUAUAAGGGACAACUUUGUCGUUAUUUACGAGCUGUUGGACGAGCUGCUGGACUUCGGCUAUCCACAGACUACCGACAGUAAGAUUCUGCAGGAGUACAUAACCCAGGAGGGCCACAAGCUGGAGAUCCAACCCAGGAUCCCCAUGGCGGUGACCAACGCCGUCUCGUGGCGGUCGGAGGGCAUCAAGUACCGCAAGAACGAGGUCUUCCUCGACGUGAUAGAGUCGGUGAACCUGCUGGCGAACGCCAACGGGAAUGUCCUGAGCUCGGAGAUCGUGGGCGCCAUAAAGAUGCGGGUCUACUUGUCGGGGAUGCCGGAACUGAGGCUGGGCCUCAACGACAAGGUGCUGUUCGAGUCCACGGGGCGCGGCAAGUCCAAGUCCGUGGAGCUGGAGGAUGUCAAGUUCCACCAGUGCGUCAGGCUGUCGCGGUUCGAGAACGACCGGACGAUCUCGUUCAUCCCGCCGGACGGCGAGUUCGAGCUCAUGUCGUACCGGCUGAACACGCACGUGAAGCCGCUGAUAUGGAUCGAAUCCGUGAUCGAGCGGCACGCUCACAGCCGGGUGGAGUACAUGAUAAAGGCGAGGUCGCAGUUCAAGCGCCGAUCCACGGCGAACAACGUGGAGAUUGUGAUCCCGGUGCCGAACGACGCCGACUCGCCCAAGUUCAAGACGACGAUCGGCAGCGUCAAGUACUCGCCGGAGCAGAGCGCAAUCACCUGGAUCAUCAAGUCAUUCCCCGGCGGCAAGGAGUACCUGAUGAGGGCGCACUUCGGCCUGCCGUCGGUGGUCGGCGAGGACGUCGAGGGCAAGCCGCCCAUACAGGUCAAGUUCGAGAUCCCGUACUUCACCACGUCCGGCAUUCAGGUGCGAUAUCUCAAGAUCAUCGAGAAGAGCGGCUACCAGGCCCUGCCGUGGGUGCGUUACAUCACGCAGAACGGGGACUAUCAGCUACGGACGAAUUAGCUACUCAACAGCGGGGCUGACGAGUAUCUCAGGAGCACGGGCACCUUUGUCAUGCCCGAUUACGACGACUAGAAGCGCGUGGCGCGGUUAACGAGGUCCUCGGAAUCAGCGAUUCCGUAUUCAAUUUAAUUCGAACGCGAAGUGACGGCCAGUGAGAGAAAUGCGUGGAACGUGAUAUAAAGAUAAGCUGAUUCCGCCUUUUAGAAAAAUUCACAUUCUGCACGAGCCGUAGUGUUUCAAUAUUCCUCUAGAACGGGCUAACGCGUCGAAAGAUCCUUCGCGAGAACAUUUACAUUCGGGACGCGGCCGCGUCUUAAGAGAUUCGAAUGGGAUUCCACUCGCGGUGCGUCGCGAUCUUUAUACGCGUCUCAAUUUACCUUUUAAACAUGAUGACGGUAGUGGCGGCGCCUGAUAAAAUACAAUCUGCAAUAGAAUUCUGUAAAUACGUUGGCAAUUUAUUUUAUAAUAUUUUCCUUCGACAAGGCGAAUUUACGUACGGGCGGCAGCCCGGUAUUGAUUUAAACUAAAUAUAUUGAUGAAAAUGAUUAACUGUAUAUCAACAUCAUGUUUAAUAAUCGCAAUAUUACUGCUGUAUGUCGUUGCGACGUUAAUGUAAGAUAGCGAGGAGAUGUAUUAAAUUUUUAAAAGGAA